CGACGCUUGUUGGAGUUUAGACAAGCGGAGUGAGCAAAAUGGCGGACGAAGAUAUUACGCUUGAUGGGAAACCUCUACAAUCGCUCCGAGUUGCGGAUUUGAAAGCCGCCCUGGAGCAAAGAAACCUCCCAAAAAGCGGGCAGAAAAACCAACUCAUCAAGCGGCUCAAAGGGGCUCUGAUGUUAGAAAACCUACAGAAGUCAUCGUCCUCGCACGGCGGGCUGCAGCCCAACUCUCAGAUCGGUGAAGAGAUGUGCCAGAACAGCUUUAUAAAACAAUACCUGGCCCAGCAGCAAGAGCUCCUUCGCCAGAGACUGGAGAGAGAGGCGAUGCAAGAGGAAGAGGCUGAUGAAAGCCCAGCAGCACCAGAGGAGGAUGAAGACCACUCUGAGGACAAUGACAGCUCUUCCUAUAUCUCUGACAAGCAGCAUCGAACCAUUCCGUCCCAGCCCUCUGCGUCCACACAUGAAGAAAGAGGAGGAGGAGAUGCUUUGAUGGGUCAUAGCUCUGGUCCUACCUUCCACCUGCAGGAGUCUCCUGAGGCUCCAAGUGCAAGGAUGCAGCGAGCCCCCUUUCUCCAAGGACACAAGGAGCCACCAGCGCCCUCUCCUCCCCGUGCAGUUGCCUCCCUGUCAGUGCGUGUUCUGGGACAGCCGGACCGCCAGGGACUGCCCCCUGCUGUACCCCGAGCCCAGGAGAAGGAGGGCACCGCACCAAGUGAACCGGGAUCAGCUCACUCAGUCCUCCACCUCAGCAGAUCUGCUGGGGGCUCGGCAGGAAGCAACGCCCACGACAACAGCGAUGAAGGCGAUGAUGGUGAUGAUGAGAGCGACGAUGAGGACUGGGGCCCCGGUCCUGGCGGGGCACGAAGGGGGAACAGAGUGCCUCCCUUGCCGCAGCAGAUGCCCCCCAGUCUCCCACCAGCGGCUGCAAGAUCCAAACGCAAGCUUCAGCCCCCGCAGCACAUCCCACCUCCACAGGUACACCACACUCCCAUGCAGCUGCGCCACCCCACUCCUCCUCCCUCUCCACCCCCCAACCUGUUCUCCCUGCCUGACACUCCCAAACAGAGCCCACCAGACACAGAUGACCAUGAGGCAGAGGGUCCCGAAGCUGCUCGUCACCCAAGGGUGGUGCCUUUCCCACCUUCCACCAUGCAGAGGCAAGACUCUGACACAAGCUCUCGCUCCAGCAGCCCUGAACCCCCCGUGAAGCGCAGACCAGGUCCCCUUUCUCUGCUUGUACACAAGAUGGAGUCAGAGGGGGCUUUUGGUGCCGUGGACACCACAUCAGCUGAUGGCAUGUCAGGAAAGACAGCAUGUUCCACUGCCGGGUCUUCUAGUGAAUCGUCACUGCAAAAGUUAGAGACAAAGAGGCAACAAGAAAACAGAGAGAUGGAGGAAGAGAGGCGACUGAAGGAGGAGAAAGAGAAAGAGCAACAGCAGGAGCUGGAGCGAGAGCGAAGGAAAACACAAGAGCAGGAAAGAGAGAAGAAACGCUUGGAAGAAGAGAAGGAAAAGGAGAGAAAACGACUGGAAGAGGAGAGGAAGCAGUGCCAGAAAGAGGAACAAGAAAAAGAGAGAAAACGUCUGGAAGAGGAGAGGAAACAGUGCCAGAAAGAGGAACAAGAAAAAGAGAGAAAACGUCUGGAAGAGGAGAGGACACAGCGCCAGAAAGAGGAACAAGAAAAGGAGAGAAAACGUCUGGAAGAGGAAAAAGAAGAGGAGAAGAAACGCCAGGAUGAGAAGAAGCGAAGAGAGGAGAAACGGUUAAAGGAGGAGCAGGAAAAAGAGAAAGCUGUCAAACAGAGAGUGGUGGUGACUGAGGCCCAAGAUUCAGGCUCCUCGUCAGAUUCUGACUCUAAAUCAGACUCCUCUUCACGGUCCUCACAGUGUUCCUCCUCCUCAGGAGAUAAAAUCCAACCUGCCAGGCAGCUGAAGAAGGCAGGCCAACGACAAGACGCAGAAGAUGAGAAAAAGAUGAACCAGAGUAAAGGGGCAGAGAAAACACACCUUUCAAAAAGGGAGGUGUCGGAGCCCAGCGCCGCUGCUGUGACGGAGGUGGAACCAGACUCAGAGAGCUCCAUGGCUGAGCAGCCAGCCUCUGGGGCUGAGCCGGAGAACAGCGAAGGCCGCCUGGAGGAGAGCACCACUCCUAAGGCUUUUGCUGCUCGCAAGAUAUCCUUAAACAGCAGCAAGACGUCUCCAGCCACUACGGAUGGAGGAGCAGGGGAGCCUGAUGGAGGAACCGCAGCAGGGAGGAAGAGGCGAUGGGGCUCCAGCACAGCAGUGACAGCUAAGAAACCAUCCAUCACAAUUACCACCGAGUCCCUGAAGUGUUUAAUCCCAGACAUCAAAGUAAACCAGGAGGCAGUGGUGGAGCUUCACCCAGAGGAGCUGCAGUUGUCUGGAGAUGAGGAAAACCUGGACGCUAACCAGAGCGACCCGGACAAAGGCCUCAAGAUCCGACGCACCGUCACACAGGUUGUCCCAAGUGACAGCCAGGAAAAUGGACAGACAAAUGAAGAGGAAGAAGAGGUUGAGAAACCAGAGAUAAGAGAAAAGCAACGGAGGGCAUCAAGAGACAAAAGGAAGAGCAGUCUUUCUGAGGAAGCUUCAGAAACACAGACAUCUGUCAGCCUCGACGGAGAGGCAAAGAAGGUUACCCCGAGUGACAGUCUGGUGCGUCGCUCGAUUAGUCAGCAGAAGUCUGGUGUGUCUGUCACCAUCGACGACCCCGUCCGCUCAAACAAGCAGCCAUCGCCGCCUCGUGGGAAAGUUUCAAACAUCAUUCAUGUGACAAACCUGGUACGACCCUUCACUCUGGGCCAGCUCAAAGAGUUACUGAACCAGACAGGCAGCGUGGUGGAAGAGGGAUUCUGGAUCGAUAAGAUUAAAUCUCACUGCUACGUCACCUACGCUACAUCAGAGGAGGCAAUCGCUACCAGAGCUGCACUCCACGGGGUCAAAUGGCCAACGAGCAAUCCCAAAGUGCUUAAUGUGGACUUCUGUGAGCAGGACGAGCUGGACUUUCACAAAGGCGUCCUGAAGCCAGACAGGGAGGAGGAACUCGUCGUCCAGCCAGGUGCUCCUCAGAACCGGCUGCCCCCUCUGAUGCCUGAGCGAGACCGGGACAGAGACCGUGAAAGAGACCGGGAGCGAGAACGGGAACGGGACAGAGGUGUGCGGGAUCUGUGGGCAGAGCGGGAACGAGAGAUGCAGCGCCGGGAAAGGGCGCGAGGAGAGCGGGAAUGGGACCGGGACAAGGUCCGGGAGUUCGCAAGACCGGGAGAGGACGAGCAACGAUCUAGAUCCAGAGACAGAGAGAGGAGGAGGAGGGAGAGAGCCAAGAGCAAGGAGAGGAAGACCGACAAGAAGGAGAAAGGAGAUGAACCUCCAGCCAAACUGCUGGACGACUUGUUCCUCAAAACCAAAGCAGCUCCAUGUAUAUACUGGCUUCCCCUCACCGAGGAGCAGGCGGCGCAGAGGCUUUUAGAUCGCACAGAGCGGCAAAAGGAGCGCGAGCGAAGGCGCAAAGAGCAGCAAGAGGAGGAGGACAAGAAACGGGAAGAGGAGAAGAAGGAGAGGCUGAAGGCCCGGGAGAAGGACGGCGGCGUGGCGGCGAGCGGCGGGGCAGCCGGACGAGCAGCCGAAGGAGACCGAGAGCGGGACCGAGGCCGAGACAGGGAGGGAAAUCGCAGUCGAGACAGGGAGGGAAAUCGCAGUCGAGACAGGGAGGGAAAUCGCAGUCGAGACAGGGAGGGAAAUCGCAGUCGAGACAGGGAGGGAAAUCGCAGUCGAGACAGAGAGGGGGACCGUAGCCGAGACAGGGAGGGGGAGAAGAGGUGGGACAGCAGCCACCGGCCCAGACGACCGUCUCCAGGCGCCGGUAGUGGACGACGGUCUCGCAGUCGUAGCAACCCCAGGGACAGACGCCGCUGAGGGCCUGGAGGCCGCAGGGAAAGCUGAAGAGUGCUAGAGGGGGGAAGCAGCGUAGCAGAGGACGCAGCAGACAGGAAGUCUUGGGAGGGAGUGUUUCCACGUGGCCAGACGUCUCUCUCGCCUCAUGUUCAGGACUUGUGUCUGCCCCUCGCUACCUGCCCCACUGUGCUUUAACUCGUCCACUUCGACGCCAGCGUUGUCUUCCACACACUUCUGCCAUUUCCCCCCUCCUGCCUUCUUAAUGUUCUCACACAUAAUCCUGAUUACAUUUGUAGGAAAAUGUCAGUUCAUCUUUCUCCUGUCCCGCGCUCUUCUGUUCUUUGUCUUCCAAAAGUAAAAUUCUGUCCUUUGUCCUGUAGAGAGCAGCGUUCCUCCUCGUCUCUGUGUAGUGCCGUCAGAAUUCUCCUCCAUUGAAGAAAAAGAAGCAGAGGGCGGUUGUUUUCUGGCUUCAUUUAGUCCCGCUGAGGUUUGGGAGCCCGCCUCUUUAUUUUAGUUCUGCGGGCACACAUUUCCUUCCUCCUCACAGCCCUGUAAUAUAACCAGAUAAAAAUAGAUCCCUGACCUUCACAUAUUUUCUAGCGUAAGUUGUAAUGUUCCAGUCUUCAGCACUAAGUUGUUGUUUUUUUACUCUUACAAGCAAUCCUUGUGAAAGUGAGGAACGUUAUUUUGUUUUGUUGAAGUAUUCUGAAUCAUGUUUUGUUUUGUUUCCACCCUUGGGGGAUUUUUGUGCUUUACAGCAAGCAACGUUAGAGUAACAAACAAAAGGUGCAACUGGUCUCAACACUGUAAAGUAGGAAGAGACGUGGUCUUAUGCCUGAAUCUGUAUUUAGGGGAUGUUUAAGGGGACUAGGAGAGGAAAUGAAAUUCUUCGAUUAUUAUGGGAAGCUGAGUUUCUAUUCUCAAACACGUCCUCUGACCCUUCAAUCAUAUAUUUAAGAGGAGAAUACGAAUAAAAAGUUUAUCUUCUAAUAGAGUAAUGGUUACAAUUUUAAUAUUUUUAAUUUUGUUUGUAGCUUGAAACAUUUUAAUUUUGAUUUUUUUCCCCCAUUUUCUCCUGCCAGUGCUGAAUGUACCUGAGAAUUUAACAAAAGUGAUUAAAUUUAAAUUGGUUCUCA